UAUAAUCUCUGUCCAUAAGCGUUGGCAAUCUCCCCUAUAAUUUCUGUUGUCACGGUGGGCCCAAUCACCGUCAAACACGAGUGACCGAGACAGCCAGAGACAGCGGUGUGCAAUCCUAGCGCUUUACAAAAGUGCACAGAGACAGUUGAUAUUUAUUUAUUAUUGUAGGAUUGUAAAAUUUGAAAUGCAAGUGUUUCCAUUUAGCUUGCUGAUGCUGAUUAAUUUAUUACUGGGAAGUGUGUGUAUUGAUGCUGGAAGAGAUUUUUAUCAAAUAUUGGAACUGACCCGAAGUGCAAGUACACAUGCAGUUAAGAAGGCAUACCGAAGGUUGGCCAAGGAACGGCAUCCUGACAAGAAUAAAGACGAUCCCAAUGCUUCCCAAAAGUUUCAGGAUCUCUCAGCUGCCUACGAGGUCCUUGCAGACCCCGAGAAACGAGAAAUGUAUGAUAAGUGUGGUGAGGAGUGUUUAAAAAAAGAUGGGAUGAUGAACAACGCUGAUCCAUUCGCGAGCUUCUUCGGAGAUUUUGGCUUCCACUUCGGAGGUGAAUCUCAGCAUCAGCAUGAGACACCCAAGGGGUCCAAUGUCAUCAUGGAUUUGUUUGUGACGCUUGAGGAGUUGUACAGUGGUAGUUUUGUAGAG